GUUUGUUGUUGGCUAGUGAGUGACCUUGUGGUGUUUGUAAACAGACACACGUUGUAUUUGUGAUUCGCCAAGUUUAUUAUUGCAACAAAGUGCUCAUAAUCCUCAUCAACACCGAUAAUAAUAUAUCGUCUCCAGUUAAUUAGACCGCGAGGUGACAGCAGAUACAAUGGAGGUGGACAACAUCUGUGUCUUUGAGAAUGAGAUGGUGGGUUCCCGCGGUGACCGAAAAGAGGGCGGUAAGCGGGGACGCAAGCCCGGAAGAAAAGCAGCCGACAAGGCGGAUAUGAGAGCCAAGCUUGAGCGCAGUCGGCAGAGUGCGAGGGAGUGCCGUGCUCGUAAGAAAUUGAGGUACCAGUACUUGGAAGAACUAGUAGCUGAUAGGGAGAAAGCAGUUCUCGCGUUACGAAAGGAGCUCGACACAAAUUUCAUAUUUUCAGUACCGGUCCUGGGGACAAGAUCUCGACGCAGGACGUAUACCCGAAGAACUACAGGCUAUGCUGGAAGAGUGUGGAGCUGUGAAAAAAGAGACUAACAAUAACUAGUCCUAAGGAAAUAUUAAUUCCUAAAUGAUAAAUAUUUUGUACGUUCCCCAGACCUCUUGUUAUCCCAAUUUUUUUUUAGCUGUCUCGCGACUAUUUUUUUAUCUUUACCCCAGUUUUAUUUUAUAAUUUAUUUUUGUAACAUAGUAUGUUGAAUUUUUUUUUGUAAGGAUAUGUAUAUGUAUGUUUAGAGACGUAAAUUUUUUUGAUCGCGAAAAAGCGUUUUCAGCAGCGACAACUGGUUGUCGCACAUACAAAGUUAAAAAUAAUAUCGUAUCGCGUAUGUGUUUUUUUUUUAUUUUUUAUUUAUGUUUUCGUAGAGUUUAUGAGAAAGAGGGUGACGUGAGAUUUCAAAAUUGCAUAGAAGAUAGAGGAAGAGACUCGAUUUUUGCUGUAAAAGCUUUUUCUAUAUCUUUAAUAUAUAAAAAAUAGAUAUAUAUUUUCUUGUGUGUAUUCAUGUUUGAAUAGCUCGGGGGUGAAAAACAACAUCCAUAUUAUCGUGUAUAAUAUUAUUAAUGUGUAUUAAUGUAUAUAGAUAUACACUUUAACCUGUAUGUUAUGUACCUGAGCAGGGAGUAAUAUAUUAUCUUCCAACUGGACAUUAAACUUUUAUUAAAGUUAUGAUUGUAAUAGUAAACAAUCGUCAAAAGUACUAUCGUCAGGGGAGCUUUGAAAUUUCUGUACUCGAAUCUCUAGAGUAAUUCGUUUACGAUUAUUAAAAUAAUAAUAAUAACAGUAAUUAUUGUCACUGUUAUCACCAUAAAGAUAUAAAAAGUACAAUAUAAAAUAUAGUACAUAAAAAAUAAAUAUAAAUAAAAAAAUAUAUUUUGCUGUUAUGAGGAUGAUAGAAAAAAGAAUUGUAUGUCGCAAAAUAAAAGUGAUAGUACAAAAAUAACCAUUUAUUUGUAAUCCACCCUAUGUAAAUUGAAGCAUACCUAUAUUAGGAUACUGAAUAAAUAAUUCAACUUUUCUCGAGA